GGACAGUUUCUCAGACGGGACCGCGUUGCCUAGCAGCUGGCGGAGGACUCCUGCUGCCGCACGCUGUGUGAUCUCUCUGCUCGGACUCUCGGAGCCUGUCUGUCUGUCUGUCUGCCUGUCUGUCUGCCCGUCAUCUGUCUGUCCGAGUCGAUAUGGCCAACAUGCCGCAGACCGUGACGCUGAAGGGACGCUCUCCGUGGGGCUUUCGGCUGGUGGGAGGACGCGACUUCAGCACACCGUUAACCGUCUCCAGGGUAACACCAGGCAGCAAGGCCGCCCAAGGUGACCUGUGUCCAGGCGACACCAUCCUGGCCAUAAAUGGCGACAGCACGGAGCUCAUGACCCACAUGGAGGCUCAGAACAAGAUCAAAACUUGCACUCAGCAGCUCGUACUCAACAUCAACAGGUCGGGAUCAGGAGACAGAGUGUGGUCGCCAACACUCAGUGAUGAUGGAAAGACAAGCCCUUACAUGGAGCCUGAUUCACAGAAUUUCCGUCCCAUCACCAGCGGAUAUGGCGGAUACAGCCGCAAACCUUCGUAUACCCCUGAAGCCAUGUCCCCGCUGCAGGCUCCCCAGCCUGUUCACCAGAAUAACGGACACUCCAAACCCAACAAUGUUCACAGCUAUGGAUACGGGACUGGAACAGGGCACGCUCAGUACAACAACCCCGCUGGACUUUAUGCUCACAACGGCAGCAAUGGAGACAGAUCUCUGCCAAGCAAGAUGGGAGGCUUGAGCCUCAGCGCCACACACAGCCCAGAGCUUCCCAUAAACUCCAACGGGGGCCGUAAUGGUUUCGACACGCAGUCAGAUGUGUACAAGAUGCUGCAGGACUACGAGGAGCCCGUCUCUGAACCCAAACAGUCCGGCUCCUUCAAAUACCUCCAAGGAAUCCUGGAGGCCGAGGAUGGAGGUGUGUCCCCGACAGAGAGAAUGAGAAACCUCAAGUCUCCAGUCAGGUCUCCAAUCCCCAUACUGGGCAGCCCCAUCCCCAGCCCCAUGCCGGGUCUCCAGAAGCUUCCCCAGUGCACCCGCUGCUGUAACGGCAUCAUUGGCACCAUCGUGAAGGCCAGGGACAAGCUCUACCACCCUGAGUGCUUCAUGUGUGACGACUGUGGCGUCAACCUCAAGCAGAGAGGCUACUUCUUCAUCGAGGACAGUCUGUACUGUGAGACCCACGCCAAGGCACGCGUCCAGCCUCCAGAGGGCUACGAUGUUGUUGCUGUUUACCCCAACUCCAAGGUGGAGCUGGUCUGAGACGGGGAUGGAGCCGCUUAUACUGUACUAUACUUUAACCUGGGAGAACGGGGCUACUGAAUAUCCUAGCUUACCUUACUUACUUUAUCAGGCUCUGUCGAGCAGGAAUCUGAACUUGGAUCAGUUUUGCUUCUGGGGGAGUCUUAAGAAAUGUAUGUUUCAGUGAUCCAAGAUCAGCAUUUCUACAGCGACAGAUGUGAUAAAUGAGAUGUAUAUUGAGCAUUUUAAAGUAUGCUGACAGAGCACAGCUCAGAUCAGAUGAGUGUCCCAAAACUCAAACUCAUUAAACAUCCACAGUCCUCAUCUCUCAAUCCGUGUGUUUACACCAAAACUCCAGAUCUAAGAGUAAUAUUGAACCAGCAGUUAGAAAAUGUCCCAUCAGGACCACAGCAUCAGCACAGUAACCAUGUAACCACUGAGAAACAGGACAUGCAAGGUGAGAGAAGGAAACGACCUCACCAGCAUUAUCUUCAGGGUCCAGAGGAGACCCUCACCCAAGCCUUAAUAACUUUAUAACACCAGCGUGUGUGUGUGUGUGUGUGUGUGUGUGUGUGUGUAUGAGAUGUGGGUGAGUUUGCUGUGAUUUACUCUACAGAGAAGUUCGACUUUGUUCAGACUUCCAGUUCAAAUCUGUAUUUUGAUAUUUCCAAGUCCUGAAAUGCAGCUUUUGCAAAUCAGAUCCAAACCACAUGAGGAUUCAGUUUUCAAUGCUGCUCUGUAAGUUGAUGUGACUGUUUGGACAUUUAUAAAACUGAUGCCGAUUUUAUUGAUGGGUUAGCUGUAGCAGUGCUCAGGUCACUCGACACAAAGUGUUUCCUGUGAUCAGCCUGAUCAAAAGGCAAGUCAGCCCACGUUUCACCAGUUAAAAGCUUUUAAUGUGAAGCUGCAUCAGGAGGAAAUGCUCGGUUUGCAUCAGCAGCAGAUGAACACAGAUCACAGCGCUCUACAGAUAGUGAGCUUCUUCUCCUGUAAAAAGCCGGUGUACCAGGUACCGCUGGUGUCAGGGUUAGGGUCAUGAGUUUAUUAGUUGGUGGGAAAAUCUCCUCGCAGACAGUCUGCGACAAAUCUGAUUUGCCUGCAGUCUGAACAUAGUAUUGUGCCCUCAGACUACUUUAGCAUUUAGCUGUUGUAUUUCCCAUGAUGCAGCACAGCAAGUCAUUUAAGGUGUAAUUAUAUUUGGAAGCUUUGUUUUGGGGGUUUAAAGGUUGUCUUUUUACCUAUGUUACACAUUAUACUCCUGCUGUGGAUGGAUUCUUUUUUCAGUUUACUUUUUUCUACGUUACAAACCCGGGAGCAGCUUUGUUUAAUCGUCACAUUUUCAACAAAAUCAAUAAGCAUUUGUUUAUUUAUCAGCAAAUCUGUAACCAGUUUGAUUGUGAGUUUGUGGAACCUGUGUCAGUAUGCUUGGUUAACAUCUUUACAUCUUUACUGUAUGCAGCUAUGCAAGCAGCACCUUCUGAAACGUAAACCACACCCUGCAGGAGAGACGGUUCUGUUCAGGUCCAGUUGGAUCACAACAUAAAAUUAUAAGCAACAAAAUGCAGGAGAUGAGACUUUCACUCAGCCGGCUCUCCAGCACCUGACCGAGACAGGAAUUUCAACUCUCACUCAAAGAAUUACAGUUCAUAAAAGCCACAGCGAGAGUUCACCGGCUGACAGUAGUUGGAUGCAUGGUUGUAUUCCCUUCCUUCUAUGAACACAAAUGUGAUGUCACAGCCAAGAAUAUGCUUUAAGAUUUCCUCCAGGCGAGGAGGGAAAGUGAAGGGAAGGGUGCAAGACGGAGGCGAGGAAGAGAAACGCAUGUGUUUCAUGUCAUUAUGACACUAUGUGGCCAUCAGUGUUGGCUUAUUGUGAGAAGUGAAGUAAACUGGAUGAAGAGGAGUGUUCUUAUUCUUAAUUUUAGAAAUGUUUCUAACAAAACUACUUUUUUAAGAUUUGGGAUGAGAAUGAGAAAAUGUUUGCGUUGCUGUUAUCCUACUUUUAUUCUCCUAGAUAUCUACAGUGAUGUGUAGCUGCUGGUGUGUCAUCUAAACUAGCCAUCUUGUAAAUUAUGUGAAAAUUAUAUUGCUACCACAUUGUUUCUUGGUAUUGUACAUAUUUGUUUUCUGGUGACUCAGCAUUCAGUGUAUAACAUGUCACUCACGUGCCUUUGCAUUCCCGGCGUCUUGAAAUGAUUCCUUUCCUCUUCUUGUGUUUAACUUAUUGCUCUACCAACACGUUUUUUGUUCUGGAGCUUCUUAUUUACUUUUAUUUUGUAGGAUCUAAAUAAAAUGAGAAGUGCAUAACCACGA